GUCGCGGACGGAGGCCUGCUGAAAAUGACUGAAUAUAAACUUGUGGUAGUUGGAGCUGGUGGCGUAGGCAAGAGUGCCUUGACGAUACAGCUAAUUCAGAAUCACUUUGUGGAUGAAUAUGAUCCUACGAUAGAGGAUUCCUACAGGAAACAAGUAGUAAUUGAUGGAGAAACCUGUCUCUUGGAUAUUCUCGACACAGCAGGUCAAGAGGAGUACAGUGCAAUGAGGGACCAGUACAUGAGAACUGGGGAGGGCUUUCUUUGUGUAUUUGCCAUAAAUAAUACUAAAUCAUUUGAAGAUAUUCACCAUUAUAGAGAACAAAUUAAAAGAGUAAAAGACUCUGAAGAUGUACCUAUGGUCCUAGUAGGAAAUAAAUGUGAUUUGCCUUCUAGAACAGUAGACAAAACACAGGCUCAGGACUUAGCGAGAAGUUAUGGAAUUCCUUUUAUUGAAACCUCAGCAAAGACCAGACAGAGAGUGGAGGAUGCUUUUUAUACACUGGUGAGAGAGAUCCGACAAUACAGAUUGAAAAAAAUCAGCACAGAAGAAAAGACUCCUGGCUGUGUGAAAAUUAAAAAAUGCAUUAUAAUGUAAUCUGGGUGUCGAUGAUGCCUUCUAUACAUUAGUUCGAGAAAUUCGAAAACAUAAAGAAAAGAUGAGCAAAGAUGGUAAAAAGAAGAAAAAGAAGUCAAAGACAAAGUGUAUAAUUAUGUAAAUACAAUUUAUACUUUUUUCUUAAGGAAAACUUAAGUAAAAGUGAUAAUUUUUGUACAUUACACUAAAUUAUUAGCAUUUGUUUUAGCAUUACCUAAUUUUUUUUUCUGUUCAUGCAAACUGUCAGCUUUUAUCUUAAAUGCUUAUUUUAAAAUGACAGUGGAAACCUCUUUUUCUUCCAAGUGCCAGUGUUCCCGGAGUUUUGGUUUUAAACUGGCAAUGCCUGUGAAGAAGGAACAAGGCCAGGACUGUCUUGGGGCUUUGGUGCAUGCAGUUGAUUACAUCUUCAUUUUCUUACAAUUGUGACUGUUAGUGUGAAACAAAAUAACGAAGCUUUUGAAUCAUCCCUACUGUGUGUUUUAUCUAGUCACAUAAAUGGAUUUAACUAGUAAUUACAGCUUCUGUUGAGACAUUAUGGUUGUUUUUUCUGAGACACUGAGGGGUUGCGAUUCAUGGGCUUCUUUUUGAUUUCACUGCUGGCAUGCCCUGUGGUUCGCCACCUUCAUAGAUGUACAGAUGUGCUGUUCACAGAGGGCUUCUUUCUUUCCACUGCUAUUAUCCUGCCACUUACAGAAAUACUAUAUUUUUUCUAUAAAAAAGGGGAAAAAUGGAAAAAAAAAAAAAAGGCAAUGGAAACUAGUAAAAGGCCAUUGAAUUUCCAUGUUAGCUAAAUUACUGUAAGCUUUUCCUGUUAGGGCAGCCUCAAAUGAAGUAGUAACCAUUUGGGGCUGUAUUUACAUGCUACUAAAUUUUUAGAAUUACUGAAACAUAUAUAAAACAUUUUCAUAGGGAUUAAAUAUAACCCCCCCGGCCCAUGUCAGAAGCUCACUCUUAGCACAACUUUUCUUUCUUGAACUUAAGUCUUUGAAAAUAGCUUUUAUUCUGGUUGUGAAGUUGAACAUGAGGUGAGCCAGUUGUCCCUUAGUAGGUGUUGAGGAGACCAAGGUUGGGAACCUGUGAUGAGUUUCACUGGGUUUUCUAGCACAUCCUGCAUGCAGCAUGGCCAUGUAGUGCUUGGUCAAAAUGGGAGACCAGGAAAGAGUUUGGACAGCUCAGAAAGAUGCAUUCUCACCAUGUGCUAGUCCUACGGACAAAUCAAGACACGACUUGUAAUUUAAAAAAAAACAAAAAACACAGAACUUAAAACACUUUGUACAUGUUUUAAGCUUAAAAGUUGAGAUUUGGGGGCAGGAGGCUACGACAGUAAAUCUAAAACCAUGAAGUGAGAGAAUUUGAAAGACGUUUGGCAGUCUCUCAACUCUGGCUGAAGAAACCUUUCAUAAAUACUUAUUGAAUCUGACCCAUAUUGAAGAAUGUCUAAUGGUUUAAGAAUGGCUAACAUGAAGAGCAGUUUUGGGUGCAUUUAUAAGUAUCACUUCAAAUACUGAAGUAGGUGAUGUAGUGAGAGUAAAAGUACCACUGGACUGGGAGAAGGUGGCAAGUACUGGGUAUCUAUUAGAAGUCUGACUUUAGGCAAAUCACUGUCUCCUUCAUGUUAAAUCAUCUCAAAGGCUUUCUAACUUCACAGCUAUGCAAUUUAUAUUCAGUUUACAUAGAUAGAUCUAGUUGUCAAGCUCAGCACAAUCUGUAAUGUUUUUACGUGCAUUAUCAUCUUCAAUGCCAGUCUUGGGCAAAAUUGUGCAAGAGGUGAAGUUUGUAUUCGAGUUACUCUCCAGUUUCAGGACUCCUUCCAACAUUCAUGUCACUUUGCCUGCCUGACCAUCCACAUGCCCCAUGACUUGGUGUAAUUUUAAUACUUUAGUCUCUCCCACCUCAAGUUUUAUUGCUGCUACGGACGCCUCCGUGAAGGUUGCCCACGAAGGUACAUAGCAUUGCCUUGCAUGUUUCUUAAGAUAGUCUGACAGAUACUGUAAGGGGAUUUGAACUAAUAGCUAAAGUUCAGGUGGUAGCUAUAACAAUUUAAUCUUUGACCCUCAUCUCUUUGCUACCUGGGCCACUGGUGACUAAGUAGGAGUUUCAGAGUCAGUGUCAAUACGUAGAACUGUCCAGUAGAAGAAUUUAAUGCAGUGCUGAAUCUACAUUUAGGGCUUACCCUGGUAACAGUGACAUAUUCCACUCUUUAAAUAAGUAAAA